AGCCAGAAGACCACUUCUCUGAGGACGUGCCUGUCCUCUGUUUAAAAAACUGCAGAUGUGGCAUGCCAAAGAUCCUGGAAUCAGUGGGUCAUUUCAUUUGCGAUGUUGCAUGAAGACCGCUUUUAUCAGGAAAAAAAAAAACACCCACCAAAACAGCUUUGAUCCUGUGAGGACAGAAGAAUCUAGAAAACAGAGUCUAAUUCACCAUCAGGGACCGAGUCCAGAAAGCAUCUCAAAAAAGAUCCUCCCUCCUACCAACAAUUGUAAUUCCUCCUGGCCUCACGGUGUUUAUAAAGGCGACUCCACAAUCUGACCCGCAUCUGUGCGGCUAAAAACGUCUAUCCGAAUCUAAUUUCAGCUCCUCAGACAUCAUGGAGGGCCAACUGCGCCACGACACAAGAUUUAGCUACAUCCUCAGAAGCAGCCUGCCCUCCUCUAACCUGACAAUAAGUUCAGUCAAUGCCACACACGUCUUCAGUGUGUUUGAUGGGUGUGAAGAUAUGGUGGCUGGUGUCGUUUUUGACCUAGCUAUACAAUGUUUCAAUGUGAUCAUAGGAAUACCUGCCAACAUCCUGGUCCUCGCAAACCUAAUAAAGACCCGACAUGAACCUUCAACUUCCGACAUCUUCCUGGGCUGCCUGGCUUUCAUGGAUGCCUACUUUGGAUUCAUGACAAUCAUAGCAUUCCUCAAUUUCUACCAUUGGAGAAGUGCUAUGGGUUGGAGAGCUAUGAAGUUCUCCUAUGGUGUGAAGGACACCAGUGGGCCGCUUUUCCUCUCCUGCGUCUGUCUGGAUCGUUUUAUAGCCGUUCUCUUCCCCAUCGCAUUCGGACAGUUGAAGGACAUCAAAUACAGGAUCGGCCUGACCAUCGUGGUUCUGCUGCUCACUUUUGCUUAUGCUUCGGCCAAAACUGUUGGUGGCCUCCCAAACUUUGAGAAGGUUUUCACUGGUGAGGUCUUGUUUGCUUUCACCUGGAUGGUGGUGUGUAACGUGGCCAUCCUCUGGGCCCUGAAACGCUCACGAGGUUCUGGUAAAGAUGAGAUGAAUCCUAUGAAAAGAAAGGCUUUUAAGAUGGUGCUGUCUAUCUUGAUCAUAAUCAUAAGCAACUAUCUCCCUCCAGUGGCUCUGUUCCCCUUUGAAGACCACUAUCCCCAUAAGGUUUUCACUUGCUAUGUGCAACCAGUAUGUUUUGCCUUCGUAAACAUAAGCAGCACUAUCCAGCCUUUAACUUACUUGUCCCGUUUGGAGAAAGUACCAUUCUUGCCAGAAUCUUGUGUGAAGAAGUUAAGCUGCAAGGAAAAAGAGAAGCCCUCAAAUAAAUGAUGACUUACUCCAUGACGAACAUACUGACACUGAUCAUUAAAUGUGAAGUUGUAGUUACAUUUCCGUAGUUCUUCAGUUUUUAAAAGUAAUUAUGUAAAUAAGCAGACAACUAAAUUUAUAAUAAAUUUUAUGUUUAUAAUAAUUAUUUAGCGAGAUGUUUUCACACUCAGUUCUACAUAUGCUAUUAAUUAUAAUAUAUAAAUUGUUUAAAAUGUUCAAGCAUAAAUAUCUUUUGUAAAUCCUGAGACAUAAAUAAAGCAUGCAAGGAUUCAUUUAAAGAGUUGUGGCGCCAUCAUGUGUUACAAACAAGAACAUAAGGAAAAAGAGAAGUUGUUUGUGAUAAAUAGAUAUAGAUCUGUUUAAAUCUUUUCUUUAAACAUUUAUUUUUAUCAUUAAUUAAACUUUUAUCCUGUUAAUUUAACUCUGACACA